GUGGCAGCGGCACUCUAGCCAGCGGGUGUGCAAGGCGGGCUCUCAGUGGUGCGGCCGGCGGGCGGCUAUGGCGGCCGUACGGGGCCUGCGAGUGUCGGUGAAAGCAGAGGCCCCGGCGGGGCCGGCCCUGGGCCUCCCGUCGCCUGAGACGGACUCCGGUUUGGAGCGUGGCGAGCCGGAGCCCAUGGAGGUGGAGGAGGGCGAGCUGGAGAUUGUGCCAGUGCGGCGCUCACUGAAAGAACUGAUUCCGGACACAAGCAGAAGAUACGAAAACAAGGCUGGCAGCUUCAUCACUGGAAUUGAUGUCACCUCGAAGGAAGCAAUUGAAAAGAAAGAACAGCGAGCCAAGCGCUUCCAUUUUCGAUCAGAAGUAAAUCUUGCCCAAAGAAAUGUAGCCUUGGACCGAGACAUGAUGAAGAAAGCAAUCCCUAAAGUGAGACUGGAGACAAUCUACAUUUGCGGAGUAGAUGAGAUGAGUACCCAGGAUAUCUUUUCCUACUUUAAAGAAUAUCCUCCGGCUCACAUUGAAUGGUUGGAUGAUACCUCCUGUAACGUUGUCUGGCUGGAUGAAAUGACAGCCACACGAGCCCUUAUCAAUAUGAGCUCUUUGCCAGACCUGGAUAAGAUAAGAAGCAGGGAUGCCAAUGAGGACAGGUCAUCUGAGAAAAGUAAAAAAGACAAACAGGAAGACAGUUCAGAUGAUGAUGAGGCUGAAGAAGGAGAAGUGGAAGAUGAGAACUCCAGUGAUAUAGAGUUGGACACGUUGUCUCAAGUAGAAGAAGAGUCUCUACUAAGAAACGAUCUUCGUCCAGCUAACAAACUUGCUAAAGGAAAUAAGUUAUUCAUGAGAUUUGCUACAAAAGAUGACAAAAAGGAACUUGGAGCAGCCAGAAGAAGUCAGUAUUACAUGAAAUAUGGGAAUCCAAAUUAUGGAGGCAUGAAAGGAAUUCUAAGUAAUUCUUGGAAACGAAGGUAUCAUUCCCGUCGCAUUCAGCGGGAUGUGAUCAAGAAGAGAGCCCUGAUUGGGGAUGACGUUGGCUUGACGUCCUAUAAACACCGACAUUCCGGACUAGUAAAUGUUCCGGAGGAACCCAUUGAAGAGGAGGAAGAGGAGGAGGAGGAAGAGGAAGACCAAGACAUGGAUGCAGAUGACAGAGUGGUGGUUGAGUACCAUGAGGAGCUUCCAGCUCUCAAGCAGACCCGGGAGCGGAGCACAUCUAGGCAGUCCAGUGCCAGCAGUUCAGAUUCUGAUGAAAUGGACUAUGAUCUGGAACUGAAAAUGAUUUCCACUCCUUCACCAAAGAAAAGCAUGAAAAUGACCAUGUAUGCUGAUGAAGUGGAAUCUCAGUUGAAAAAUAUUAGAAACUCCAUGAGGGCAGAUACUGUAUCCACAAGCAAUAUCAAAAACCGAAUUGGUAACAAGUUACCGACUGAGAAAUUUGUAGAUGUCCGACAUCUGUUAGAUGAAAAACGUCAGCACACACGUCCACGGACAGCAGGCAGCAAUACUAAAUCAGAUAUACGCCAGCGGUUAGGAAAAAGACCAUAUUCUCCAGAAAAGGCUUUUAGCGGUAACCCAGUCUUUCGGAGAGAGCCUUUUUCUGAUGUACAUAGUAGGCUGGGUGUUCCCAAGCAAGAUAUUAAAGGCCUCUAUUCUGAUACUCGGGAGAAGAAAUCAGGUAGUUUAUGGACUCGCUUAGGAUCUGCACCCAAGACCAAAGAAAAGAACACGAAGAAGGUGGAUCACAGAGCACCAGGCACUGAGGAAGACGACUCUGAGCUGCAAAGGGCAUGGGGGGCUCUGAUAAAGGAGAAAGAACAGUCUCGCCAAAAGAAGAGCCGCUGUUACCAGCACCCUUUUCCCAAGAAAAGUCAAUUCCCAGGUGCUUAUUGGACAGCCUUCGAGGGGGAAGAUGAGGGAAGCGGCCAGCUCACCCUUCCAGGACCCUAGUGUCGGGGCUGAAUCUCAUGGACCUGACCGCAGAGGUGCACCGGUGCCGCCCAGGUAGAUGAGAGAUGCAGCGUCGAUCGUGCUUCCGUUCUUCCCUGGGGAUUUCUGUUAGGGGCCGCUUCGUAGCAGUCAGCUUGAAGUGAAAAUCAAGUUCAGUCCUGUGGGAUUUUUAGGAACAAAAACCUGUGACUUCUGGAUUUGGGGUGGACUUUUGUGCUAGGGGUGGGGUCAUGGGUUAAUGUUGAACAAUUUUUAAGUCUGUAUUAUGUUUAAAAAUAUUAAUGAUUUAAAAGUUAAAAUUUUUAAUUUUUAUAUGUGAAAAUACUUCCUAUUGGCUACAAGGGAAGCUCAAGUGGUGUCUUAUGUGUGCUGUUAAAUAUAUAUUAUAUACUUUGGAAGAAGGCAAAGAGAGGAGUCUCAUUAUUUUUAAAUGAUCCUAAUUGUAUAGUCUGUCUGUUGUAUAUAGAUUUCAACUUGCUUUUUGGCCACUGUAGGGGGAAAAAAUCCAUCCAUCAGAGAUGGGGUCCUGUUGUUUAUUAUCACUUCAGAAGUGAUACAUUGGUAUUUAUUCUUUCUAUCUCCAAGUUCUGGCACCUGAAGUUAUCUUUAAAAUUGGCUAGUAAGUAAUAGUUAUAGAAAUUUUAGUUUAUUUCUUGUUUAUUUCUAAACUCCCUUCAGAUUACUUUAAAGGCCGAUUUUUUUGUCUUCCUGUUGGAUCUCUGUCUUGAAGUAUUUAAUGUUUAUAUUUCUUUGCAGGCUUAAAAAUAGUGUUUCAUUUCAAUUCACUAGAACUUCGGAGUUAGUGAUUGUAAGCCUCUGUCCCUUUGUGAUAUCACAGCUCCUCAUCUGUCUGGAGUGUUUCAGUACCUAGUGUGGCCCUGGAUUCUAGAGAUCUUUACUUGUGGCUGAGCUAAUGGCCGCAUGGAUGGUUGGUUACAGUGUGGUGGGAUUGAGUGCAGAAUGGUGUUGGAAGUAAAUAAGGAAGUAAAGGGCUGCGGGACUUGAGAGCUGCAACAGUUGUUCUGUACCAUGUUUUGUUAGUUAACCUGCUUUUUUCCCUCCUUGUAGAAAGAUCAGAGCCUAUAACUACUGUAUGUUUCCAUUUCCUGAUAGGAUUCUGGGAAAGAGAUGGUUCUCUGCUGGCUGAGACCUAACAUUUCUGAAGUUUCUCAGCUACUUUGGUCCUGUGGAGCACACAGCUGAGAGCCAGGUUCUUAACAAGGGGCAAGGUUUAGGGGGCUGAUAGAGUGAGAAGGACGAGGACCUGAGUCAGAGACCUGGAUGCCAACCCCUGGUUCUGUUCUGAGGGCCUGGGCCUCAGUUUUCCUGUCUGGCAAAUGAAUGGCCUGGUACCACAGCUUCUGACUUUGUUGGUGCGUCUCAGUGGUGUUUUUACUCUUCCUGAGGCAAUGAUUGUGGUGAGCUGGCCAGAACGGGUUUCUGUUAUAGGUAUGGGGAAGGUCAGAGACAGCUUAGGGUGUCCAUGAGGUUGUAGACAAGGAUUCACCCCCACCCCACUCCCAUUACAGCCUGUAGGUCUUCUAGUGGGACAAAGAGGUUCUACUGAUGUCUCAGCCGUGUUCGAGAAAUGCCCUUCUUUAUACUUGCGUGUUUCCCAGUCCUGACCUUUUCCACCAGUAGUCCAGGCCCAUCUCUCCCAUGGCAUUAUAGCCUCUGCCAGUCUUCUUUUAGGGAUCAGGGAAGGCUUCCUGGAAGGCUGGUGGUGUUGUGUAGUCAAAACCGGGCCUUUGAUCUAAUCAAGAAAAAUGUCCACUUGAGCUGCCUUGUAGUUCUUACAAAUACAAAGAACCUGAAAAGUUUCUUUAAAGAUUUUAUUUCCCCAAGUUGGUGUUCGUUGCCUCCUCUCUCACUCUCUGACCUACACUCAGGUACUCAGAUCUUGAAGCAUCUUACACAUGCCCUGAAUGCCCAGGCCCUCUCUUUGGAGUUUGGGAGUGGAGAUGGACCGCUGGGAUGGGCCCCUAAUGGCAGCUCAGCAGGCCUGGGUGCUCCUUAUGCGUGUGGGCAGGAGAGCUACACACUUUUCUGUAUUCGUCUUAGUCUUUACACAUGAGAUUUCAAAUACGUUUUUGCUGCUUGAUAGUAAUUGCAGAUACCUCAUUUCUGUGUCUCUAGUCUCCCUCUUGGGAGACACACCAGCUACCCAGGAGAAUUUGUGGAGCCUGUGACGAGCGCUCCUCUGGCCUUCUCUUGUCUGGUCCCAUGAAACCCUCCCCUUAGUUCAGUCACUGUCUUCUCCUGCUGCAUUGCUAUGGCAGCCUCUUCCCUGGUCUCUGCCCCAUAGCCUGUCCCUCCCUCUCUGUUAUGUGCACUGCAGCUGGGAUCAACUCUCGUUGUUUUUUGCAGCUUUACUGAGAUAUUAUUUACGUAGCAUACAGUUCACUCCUUUAUAGUAUACACUUCAGUGGCGCCUGGCUGGCUCAUUCGGUAGACAAUGUGACUUUGAUCUUGGGGUUGUGAGUUCGAGCCCCAUGUUGGA